AUGCAGGGCUAUAAAUGGGGUCUCAAUCCCUAUAUCCAGAAAACGCUUUACACAACAGUAGCCGAGAAAGUUAUAACUUAUGGAGCGGCUGUUUGGUCAGCGCCUAUGCAGGGCCGCAAAGUCAAGCAUCUACUUAGCAUACAAAGGCCUUUUCUCCUGAAUGUCACCAAGGCCUUCCGAACAUCCCCUACAAAUGCGUUAUGCGUACUAGCGGGAUUGCUACCGCUCCAUCUGAGCGUAGAAAAGGAAGCAGCCUAUCAGGAGAUCACUCAACUUGGCAAUCUAACCACCUUCAGAGACGAGCUAUACUCACCAGCCGAAUUUGAACAAAAGAUGAUACGCCUUGCCGAUCACCCCUCAACGCAGGGACAGGGAGUAAAGAUUAGCAUCAAGCAAAACACCAAUGUAAAGGAAGAUGAUCUAGUCUAUUAUACCGACGGGUCAAAACUAGAUGAAAAUACAGGUUGCGCCUAUGUUGCCCUCAGACAGCAAAGCACAAUAGCACAAUGGAAAGGUCACCUGGACACAAACAACAGCGUGUUCCAGAGUGAAGUAAUGGCCAUCAAACAAGCUCUACUUACUAUAUAA